AUGAAACUUGUGCAGAAUAAAGCAGCUUACGUUGCUCUGAACAUCCAGCAAGAACUGGAGUUAGCAAAGAAAAUCCCUUCACCAGUUAAUGAGGAAUAUGAGUUGCCUUGCGGGCAUUUCAUGAAUUUCCGUUCACAGAGAUUUCGAAAUCCCGAGGCUCUCUUCCAGCCUUCUUCUGCAAGAUUCGUUAAAGAUGGGGAAAACGUAGGUGUGCAUAAAAUGAUCUUCAACAGCAUCAUGAAAUGUGACAUUGGUAUCAGGAAUUAUUUGUUUAAGAACAUUAUGCUUACUGGUGGCUCGACUUUGUUUCCUGGUUUUGUAGAGGGUAUUACCAAAGAAAUCAAUCAUAAAUUUGCCAAUAAGAUGUUAAAGAAUGUGGCACCGCCCAAUAGGAUGUACAAUGCAUGUGUUGGAGGUUCAGUUCUAGCAUUACUCAACACUUUUGAACAGACCAGAUAUAAGGAGGUUCUUGUAAAGGCACAUACUGCUGCAUCUGGAGCGGUGCUAAGAUUGCAAAUAGCUCCUGUUCUUGGUAGGAAAAGGAAACCAAUUGAGUGGUCUGAGUUUCAGAUUCUAUUUAGUUUGUUGCCUUACUAA